CACACACACGCCUCGUCGUCCGGGGGUCGAACGCGUGCGAUAAUAGGAAGCGCUGCCUCCCUCCUUCGUGCGUAAAUGGGUCAGGACGGGAAUGCUGCGCUAUCUCCAUUUGAGAAAACCCGGCCGGUGAACGUGAGGCGGCGGUGUUUGGGUUUUUAAAUACUUCAUUUAAAAAAAGAGAAGGAAAUAAAAAGAGAGAGCAGUCUUCAGCCAGCGUUCGGCAGCAGCGGAGCAGCGCGUCACGACUCGCCUGUCGAGGAGCCAAGGAGAAAGGGAAGACCGCACAGAGAAGAGAAGAUGGACAUCACCGAUCAAGGAGCCCAGAUGGAGCCGCUCUUACCCACGGAGCAAAGUUCCCAAGAAAAUGUGAGAGCUGAUGAGGAGGCGGUGGUGGACCGCGGCGGCACGCGCUCCAUGCUCAACACCAACUUUGAGAAGGAAGAGUUGGAAGGUCACCGCACUCUCUACAUCGGGGUUCACGUCCCCCUGGGCAGGAGGUCGCACAGGCGCCACCGCCACCACGGACACAAACACAGGAAGAGGUCCAAGGAGAGGGACUCGACUGAUGAUGGAAAGGAAUCCCCCUCGCACACGGACACACCAGCUCAGAGGGUGCAGUUUCUGCUGGGGACGGAGGACGGCGACGAGGAGCACAUCCCCCACGCCCUGUUCACCGAGCUGGACGAAAUCUGCCUCAGGGAGGGAGAGGACGCCGAAUGGAAAGAGACAGCCAGGUGGCUGAAGUUUGAGGAAGACGUGGAGGAUGGUGGUGAGCGGUGGAGUAAACCCUACGUAGCCACUUUGUCUCUGCACAGUCUUUUCGAGCUCCGCAGCUGCAUCAUGAACGGAACCGUGAUGCUGGACAUGAGGGCCAACUCGCUGGAGGAAAUCGCAGACAUGGUUUUGGAUCAGCACGAGUUGUCGGGCCCUGUGGGUCAGGAUGCCAGGAAGAGGAUCCGAGAGGCCCUGCUGAAACAGCACCACCACCAAAACCACAAGAAACUGGCCAACCGCAUUCCCAUCGUACGCUCCUUCGCCGACAUUGGCAAGAAGCAAUCCGAGCCCCAUUCCAUGGACAAGAAUGGUCAAACGGUCUCGCCUCAGUCUCAGCCGUCUAACAAUGAGGGAAAACAGGACGUCAGCCGAGAAAACAGCGCCGUGGACUUCAGCAAGAUUGACCUGCACUUCAUGAAGAAGAUCCCUCCCGGCGCUGAGGCGUCUAACGUCCUGGUUGGGGAGCUGGAAUUCCUGGAACGCCCCGUGGUGGCCUUCGUCCGCCUGUCUCCUGCUGUGCUGCUCAACGGCCUGGCUGAGGUUCCCAUCACCACCAGGUUUCUUUUCAUCCUGCUCGGCCCGAUGGGAAAAGGUCCACAGUAUCAUGAAAUUGGCCGGUCUAUUGCUACCUUGAUGACGGAUGAGAUUUUCCAUGACGUUGCCUACAAGGCCAAAGACAGGAACGACCUGGUGGCCGGCAUCGAUGAGUUUCUGGACCAGGUGACAGUGUUGCCCCCCGGAGAGUGGGACCCCUCCAUCAGAAUAGAGCCUCCCAAAAACGUGCCGUCUCAGGAGAAGCGGAAGGUCCCCCCCGUCCCCAACGGAGUGACAGAUCUCGGAGAGUCGGAGGAACACGGCGGGCACGGCGGCCCGGAGCUGCAGCGCACCGGGAGGUUCUUCGGGGGCUUCUUCAUGGACAUCAAGCGAAAGGCCCCCCACUACUUGUCCGACUUCACAGACGCCAUCAGCCUGCAGUGUCUGGCCUCGUUCCUCUUCCUCUACUGCGCCUGCAUGUCGCCGGUCAUCACCUUUGGAGGACUCCUGGGCGAGGCCACGGAAGGACGUGUGAGUGCGAUUGAGUCACUGUUCGGGGCGUCGAUGACCGGAAUAGCCUACUCUAUUUUUGCCGGUCAGCCCCUCACCAUCCUGGGCAGCACCGGGCCUGUCCUCGUCUUUGAGAAAAUCCUCUUUAAGUUCUGCAAGGAGUAUGGCCUCUCCUACCUCUCCCUGAGGGCCUGUAUCGGCCUGUGGACGGCCUUCUUGUGUCUGCUGCUGGUGGCGACGGACGCCAGCUCACUUGUCUGUUACAUCACUCGCUUCACCGAGGAAGCUUUCGCCUCGCUGAUCUGCAUCAUCUUCAUCUAUGAGGCCCUGGAGAAGCUGAUCCACCUGGGGGUGCACUACCCGAUCAAUAAGAACAACGACCUUCAGAAGCUCACGCAGUACUCGUGUGCGUGUGUGGAGCCCAUGAACCCCAGCAAUGAGACCCUGCUCUUCUGGGACGAGAAGAACAUCACAGCUUCCCAGGUCAACUGGACCAUGCUGGAGGUCAAGGAGUGCGAGAGCUUUCACGGAGAGUUCGAGGGCAGCGCCUGCGGCCCCCACGGCCCUUACGUCCCCGACGUCCUCUUCUGGUGCGUCGUCCUCUUCUUCUCCACCGUCUUCAUGUCCGCCUUCCUCAAGGAGUUCAAGACGAGCCGCUACUUCCCCACGAAGGUGCGCGCCAUCAUUAGUGACUUUGCCGUCUUCAUCACCAUCCUCACUAUGGUUCUUGUUGACUACGCUUUGGGGAUCCCCUCGCCUAAACUGCAGGUCCCCAACAAGUUCAAACCGACCAGAGACGAUCGCGGCUGGCUCAUCAACCCCGUGGGGCCCAACCCCUGGUGGACCACCAUCAUCACCCUCCUCCCUGCUCUGCUCUGCACCAUCCUCAUCUUCAUGGACCAGCAGAUCACAGCCGUCAUCAUCAACAGGAAGGAGCACAAGCUAAAGAAAGGCUGCGGCUACCACCUGGACCUGUUCGUGGUGGGGGUGAUGCUGGGCGUGUGCUCGGUGAUGGGCCUGCCGUGGUUCGUGGCUGCCACCGUGCUCUCCAUCUCCCACGUGAACAGCCUGAAGCUGGAGUCUGAGUGCUCGGCCCCCGGCGAGCAGCCCAAGUUCCUGGGCAUCCGAGAGCAGCGCUUCACCGGCUUGAUGAUCUUCACCCUGAUGGGCUGCUCCGUCUUCAUGACCUCCGUGCUUAAGUUCAUCCCCAUGCCUGUGCUGUACGGAGUCUUUCUGUACAUGGGGGCUUCUUCUCUCAGAGGCAUCCAGUUCUUUGACCGCCUGAGGCUGUUCACCAUGCCGGCCAAACAUCAGCCAGACUUCAUCUACCUUCGCCACGUCCCGCUGAGGAAGGUGCACCUCUUUACCAUCGUCCAGCUCAGCUGCUUGGUCCUGCUCUGGGUCAUCAAGACCUCCAAGGCCGCCAUCGUCUUCCCCAUGAUGGUCUUGGCCCUGGUGUUUAUUCGGAAGCUGCUGGACUUGAUCUUCACCAAGCGGGAACUGAGUUGGCUGGACGACCUGAUGCCAGAGUGGAAGAAGAAGAAACUGGAGGAUGCGGAAGAAGAGGAGGAUCACAGCAUUAUUGUAGAGGAAGAAGGAAUCGUACAACUGCCACUUGAGGGACCCUUCAAGUGUGACCCGGCCACGGUAAACAUCACUGAUGAGAUGUCUAAGGGAUCUUUCGGGAGUGUGUGGAAGAACGUCAACCCUGCCGAGACCACCAAGAAGGAACCAAGCGCUAAAAGCUCCCCUUCCUAACCUCCCAGAAGCUGAUAUCCCAAAGUGGUGGUGGCGAAAAGCGCCACAAGCGGCGGAGGCAUGACAAGAGCUUGGACCGGGAGACGAGUUUGUGAUGAGACGUACUGGCGGUGCCACUGUGCUAUCGAUUAGUAAAUCAAAAAAGGCAAAAAAAAAACACUUUACCGCGCCACACUCAACCACCUUUGUACUGUGCUACACUGUGUUCUUGUCAUGUAAGUCUGUGUGCAAGUUGUGUAAAACAAAGAAUUUGUUAGAAACAGUAUUAACACAAGGAACUGAGACACCGUUUUGUUCUUUUUUUCUAUGUAUAUCAGUGUUUGGUGAUGCUAGCAACAGAGGGAAGCCAGAAUAAUACAACAUAUACAGUAACGUCUGUAACAAUGGGCCAAUUAAGUACAAAUUUUAAACAAUUUUUAAAUUUACUUUAUUUGUAUUUUGUAUGUUUUUAUAUUUUUCCAACAACAGAGUGUUGCCACAGCAAACUGCAAACAUGUGGAUUCGUCAGCAUCAUUUAAUGCCGCUAUUGACUACGACACACCUCACAAUAACCUAUAAAGUAGACAUUUGCCAAUACUAAUCUAUCACACUGGUACCCAAAGGAGUUGGCUGUAUGGCAAAUCUAGUAGUAAUUUUUUGAAAGUAUUAAAUAUACAUUUUCUAUAUUCUGUAUAUCUAAAUGUUUUUGUGACAGUGAAAGCUCAUAUCGCUCCAGAGUCUCUAACGCUAUUUUACAAACAAAGAUGUCUCUCCUCCACUCACGCAUUCUCCCAAAGAAUAGUUUGACAUUCUGUGAAAUACACGUUUUCUGUUGGUUGAGAUGAUCAAUUACCCCUCUCUUGUUUGUGUGCCAAAUUAUAAAGCUCCAACUAGCCGAGCAAAGUUAGCUUAGCUUCAGAUUUAGCAUACGCACACAGGAGAGAUUUUCGUCUUCUCCUCUAACUCACGCCAAUUAGCAUAUUAAUGCUAACUGUUCCUUUGUUGGCCGUCUUCAUCUCUUUGGGAAAACUAUUCCAGCUUGUAAUUUCAGAAUAGAAAAGUACUUGGCGUUGCCUUUUUUAAAAAAGCCGCCCAGCUCGCCAGCGCUGAGCUGUGGUGAGCGCGCAGAAAACUCUGCAUCAAUCUGUCAUGUCGUCAGUAAGUGUCAUCCAUGGCCAUGUGAUCUCCUGUCCAAAUUGACCCUCAUCGUGUUCGCAUCUGAAGUUAAUUGUUCAAAAAAAAAAAAAAGACCUGCAUGACGGGGGGGAACCGACGACUGUCUCGCUGCAGGACCAAUGGUUACUUCUAAAGAUGCAAUAAUAGGCUACCUUUUUCUGGGAAAGGCAACAUGUAAUAAACGGUAAAGAGUCUUAAAAAUGUACAAUACAUAGUAUAUUUUAUUCAUGUGAAAUGUCACUAAUAUAUUACUAACAUGAAGUCAGGCUUUAUUUGUCGUAGAUGUUCUUUUUCCCAUUGUAAGUGAUGGUUCUUAGUUGAGUAGGGAAACUAAUAAGUGGUCCGAAUUAUAUCAAUAUCAAAUAUUUUGACCACUUCUGUGCAAAAUUCUGCCUUAAAUUUGGUAGUGAUCGCUGUACACUUUCUGAUUUGGUUUCUGAGAACGACAGUGUGGGUGAGUGAGAGCAUAAAUAAAGAUGUUAAACAAGAGA